AACACACAGGCACACACCCACAAACACACACACUUUGACACACUUUUGGCCUGGCCAAUCACAGUGCAGCAGAGUGGGUCCCUCAGAAGUGGGUGUCUGUGGUGGGUGAGUCAGAAGUGCUGUUCAGGACAGACAAGUUUUGGUUUAGGCAGCUCAGAGAACUUUUUACUCUCUUGUUCUGCUCUCUCUCUCUCUUACUCUCUCUCUAUCUCUCUUCCUCUCUCUCUAGCUCGGUUUUCUCCCUGAGUAACUACGUAUUGCCUGACUGUAGGCUGUGAGAGUAAAGUUACACUCUGGGCUGGAUGGCUGAGCUUGUGAGAGUUCGUAGGAAGCAUCUUCAGAUCCCUAUCACCAGGUUGAGGUGCAUGGUCAAGCAGCUGGAGGAGAAACAUGUGGACGUUGAAGAUCUCAAGAGGAACCUGGAGUGCACGGCAUCUCUGCUGGAGGCUGUCUACAUCGAUGGGCCCAGACAGUCUCUGGAUGUCGAAGAUGACCUUCAGCAGCUGCAGUCCGAUGGCGUCCCGUCGGAGGUCACCGAUUGGCUGGCCUCCACGUUCACCCGGAAGGUUCAGCAAGCUGCCCGCCGGGCUGACGACAAGCCCAAGUUCCGCAGCAUCGUCCACGCAGUGCAAGCUGGGAUAUUUGUUGAGAGGAUGUUUAAGAGGGCGUACACGGCGGCCAUUCCAGACCAGCCUGAAGACGUGGUCCACUGUCUCAGGGACGUGGACCGUUGGAGUUUUGACGUGUUUGCGCUGAACUCAGCCAGCUGUGACCACGCCCUGCAGACUCUGUUCUUCGAGCUGGUCACCAGAUACCAGCUCAACAGCAGAUUCAAGAUCCCCAUCUCGUGCCUGACGUCCUUCCUGACUGCGCUGGAGUCGGGCUACUGCAAGAACAGCAACCCGUACCACAGCCACGUCCACGCCGCCGACGUCACACAGACGCUCCACUGCCUGCUGCUACGCACCGGCCUAGUGCAUUGGCUGACUGAGCUGGAGGUGCUGGCCUCACUAUUCGCUGCUGCCAUUCAUGACUACGAACACACAGGCACUACUAACAACUUUCACAUUCACACCAAGUCAGAGUUGGCCAUGAUCUACAACGAUAGGUCGGUCCAGGAAAGCCACCAUAUUAGUGCUGCUUUCCGUCUGCUGCAGGAGGAGCAGAUGAACAUCUUCAUGAACCUCUCACGAGAGGAGUGGAGGGAGCUACGAGCACUGGUCAUCGAGAUGGUCCUGGCUACAGACAUGACCUCUCACCUCCUCCAGAUCAAAUCCAUGAAAGCUUCUCUACAGCAGCAGGAGGGGAUAAACAAACCCAGAGCACUGUCCCUCCUCCUGCAUACAGCAGACAUCAGCCAUCCAUCCAAGCCCUGGAACCUGCACUCUCGCUGGACCAAGUCUCUCAUGGAGGAGUUCUUCAGACAGGGGGACCGAGAAGCACAGCUGGGUCUUCCCUUCUCUCCUCUCUGUGACCGGAACAGCACCCUCAUCGCUGAGUCUCAGAUAGGCUUCAUUGACUUCAUUGUGGACCCUACAUUCUCCUUGCUGAUGGACAUGGCAGAGAAGAUAGUCAUUCCUCUGGUUGAGGAGAAUCCUGGUCCUCCAGACCCCUGCAACAGACACAGCUCCUUGUGGAAGGAGAGCUCCAGGGGCCUGCAGUGGAGUCUGCCCCACGUCACCGCUGAGCUGGUCAGCUUCAGGUCCACAUGGACACGUCACACAGAGGACAACAAGUUCAGAUGGAAGGAGAGCGGCUCCAACGGGUUCUCUGAUCCCAGCCUGACAAAGGACGAGUCGUGUGAGGAUGUGCCCUCUGAUAAAUGUCUGCAAUCUCCUGAUACGGAACCUGCUAAAUCGUAGAAAGUGUGACACAAUCGUUGUAUCGUGUGUGAGGGUGUGUGAGUGUGUGCGUUUGUGUGUGUGUGUGUGUGUGAGUAUGUGUGUGUCUGUGUGUGUGAGUGUUAGCUGAUAAGGUGCCUUUACAUCAGUGAGUGACUAAACCAAUAGGAAUAUAUGCAGAUGUUGAAUCCUCCAUAUUUGUGGAGUUUGCACUGAAGGGAACUAUAAUGAAGUCUUAUGAUAGGAAUUAGAAAAAUGUGUAUUAUAACUAUUUAAAGAACAUGUCUAAACAUGCUGGUUGUGUUCUAUUUAAAGUAUUUUAUUACAACUAAAUAUCCUUGUAGAAUUAUUGGCCUGAAACAAACCAAGCAUUUUAGCAGUUACAGAAAGGUUGAACAUUUGAGAAUGAAACAGAAGAUGAAAUGUUUCAGAUGUCUGAAAUGGAAGAGAGACUAUGGAGACUAUUCAUCACUAUAUAGACUAUUCAUCACUAUGGAGACUAUUCAUCACUCUAGGGCCGGUCCCAUUGUGUGUUAUGUUAACAGUAUCAGAUGUGUACAUGUGUAAAGAUGACAAAAGGUUUAUUGCGUCUGUAGGCUUUCUCUGAUACGAUUCUGAAGAACAAUUAAACAUAAUCUCACAUUCAAACCCUGCACGUGAUUUUUAUCAUGAAUCUAAAGAUUUCAAGCAUUGAUACUAAAUCUGUCAAAACAAGCAUGUGACUCUUUAGAUUAGUAGUCGAUGAGUAGAUUAUCUAUAAAUGCUGAAAAUAUAGUCAGUAAACUAUCAAAUGUUACAAACGUUAAAUGACAGGACAAGCCUUCUCCUAUUGGAUGUGUUUUAGAAAGAUAUAUAAACCUACAUUGUGGGAAUUUGUUGAGAAAAGGUCCCAUUUUAAAAUAUAAAUGUGUUUUUUGCUAACACUGCCCAAUUCACUGAAUCAUUUAUGAUCCUGGUGGCUAUUUUAGGAACUAUUUUUUGCAACUCAACAUUUCUCCACACCUGGUAAGUGAUGCACUGCUAAUGCAAGGGGAGGAAUUGUCCUGGAGCCCUGCUAGCGACUCACCCUGCUAGCGACUCACCCUGCUAGCGACUCACCCUGCUAGCGACUCACCCUGCUAGCGACUCACCCUUACGGUUAUGUUUCAUGUUUAAUGAUGUGGAUGCUUUAUGAGAUUUGGAAAUUGAGAAAGAAUACAAGGAGUGAGCUCUUUGCCACACACAUAUCUUCUUUUAAUGUCAAAUAUUUCUUAACUGGGUAAGGUUCUAUGAGAAAUAAGAAACACUUCAGCCAUUUCAUUAUUUUAUUGUAUCAAACAAAUCCAGAUUACAGAUGUAAUAAUUGUCA